UGCGCCAAUGUCAAUGAAAUGUUGAGUUGAAUAUGUGUUGUGUUUAAUUUUCGAGGGAUCGAAUAAUCUCGCCACCGAAUCAUAGUUGUUUUGUAUUUUGUGCAAUAAAUCUAUACACGUUCAUUUCGAUCUGCUGUUUGUAAAUCCCAAUUUACUCCAGUACUGUAAAAUGACACAGCCGCGACCCUGCGGAUGUAAAGGUUGCAGAACAUGCCUCAUUUGCGAAACUCAGUACGGGGCAGACAAGUACAAGAUUCAAUUAGAGUUCGACAAGACUAAAAGCUAUGUUUAUUGCCCGUUUUGCAACAAGGCAUGGCCGGGUUGGGACGCUGAUAUCUAUAAACAACAUCCCAAUCACAAUGGAACACCAAUCGAAUAUCCCGGCGUUUACAUUCAAUUGGACUUUAUAACAGAGGAAGAAGAAAAUGUGUUGAUGAAAAACAUAGACGAGGUACCUUGGGACAUAUCACAGAGCGGCAGACGUAAGCAAAACUAUGGACCUAAAACGAAUUUCAAGAAAAUGAAAAUCAAUGCUGGCAGUUUUGAUGGGUUUCCAGCAUUCUCCAAGUUUCUGCAAGAUAGGUUCGAGUCUGUUCCUUUGUUGAAAGGUUAUGAUGUGAUAGAGCAGUGCUCUUUAGAGUAUGACCCUAGUAAAGGAGCUUCCAUAGAUCCUCAUAUAGAUGAUUGUUGGAUUUGGGGUGAAAGGAUAAUCACUGUGAACUGUUUGUCUGAUUCUGUGUUGACUAUGACUAGAUAUCAGGGAGAUACUAAGAAAUAUAACCUGCAUUGUGCAGAACAAUACUGUCCGAUAGUUAAACCUGAUGGCAGUAUUAAUUUGGAAUGUAGUGACCUUGAUAAAACGGCUUAUGAAGCAAGUAAAUCACAAGAUGAUUUGGAUGUUGUUAUCAGAAUACCAAUGCCUAGGAGAUCACUCCUAGUGUUCUACGGUGAGCCAAGAUACCACUGGGAGCACUGUGUACUGCGUGAGGACAUCUCAUCUCGCCGGGUAUGUAUAGCGUACAGAGAGUUCACACCACCGUACAUGCAAAAUGGCUGCCAUGAAGAGGCAGGCAACCUAAUUAGGCAGGCUAAGACAUUUUGGGAUCACAAAGUGAAGUAUCAAAUUCAAACAUAAGAUGAAAGAGUUUAUUUUAUAACCUUGCACCAACUUACUAAGAGAUCUGUGAGAACUUGCAACUUUGCAAGUAUAAAAACAUAGAAUCAUGAAAUUUUGACAUUUUGUAUUGUAUAUUUUACUGCUAUGUUGGUGCAUAGUGCAUACUACAUAUUUAAUUAUUUAUGUUAAUCUGGGUAUUGCCGGUCCAUUCUCUUAGAUAAUGUUCCCCAUUUACUGUGGUGUAGGGUGUAGAUGGGCAUUUUCAGAAUUUGGGACCCCCCAAUUAGUAAGUUGUUUGUUGUGAGUUGUUAACAAAAAUUAACUCACUGUCAGUUUUGUGAUGAUAAUUAAGCAUGAAAUUUCAAUAAAAAUAUUGUUUUUGUGUUAAAUACAUAAACUGUAAGCAAUAAACUGUGUGAAAAAAGUAAAUUUUUAGACAGAUUUUAUGCUUAAUUGUCGUCACAAAACUGACAGUGAGUUAAUUUUUGUUAACAACUUAAGCUAAUUGGGGGGGCCUAAAUUCUGAAAAUGCCCAGGUACAUGAUCUUAUUAAGUCUGGCUAUAACUAGUGAUAUUUUAUUCCAGUGACUUUUGUAAGUUGUAAUAUAAUUGAAAUGAAAUCAAUUUAUAAUUUAUUGAGAAACUAACAAGUGGGUAUUAUUUUAUGAGUCAGGAUUAUCUUAUCUGAGAAAUGUCUACCUUAAUCAUCUUAUCGUAAUAGGUAAGUAAAUAAAUUAAAAACAUUUUAAUUUAGUUCAUUUUAUUGUUUCUAGAACCAAUAAAUUACGCUACAUUUUUAAAUGAUGUGAUGCAUAUUAUGAAAGUCAAUAAAUUUGUAGAAUAAAUGGAAUGUAGGUGAUUUAUAAUGAUAUACACCAGUAUUACGCUAAUAUUAAACUAAUAAAUAUUUUACUCUAUAUACAUAAAAAUACCAAUAAAAUA